AUGGAGGAGCCAGAAUCAAGCGCCAGGUCCACCGCCAAACGGAAGCUCCCCGUCAGAUCGAGAUCCGGAUGCUUGACAUGCCGGACCAAACACCUGAAAUGCGAUGAAGCAAAGCCAGAAUGCCAGGUUUGUAUAUCGCGAGGCGUUCAGUGUGGAGGGUAUCAACGCGGUUUGAGAUGGUCUACCAAGCAUGAAAAACCAGCGGAACUCGCCGACCACAAAUUCCGAACAUCACCAAAGCAAACCUGCGGUACCAAGAAGCGCCGAGGUAGACCGCCAAAACGACAACUAGACACUACAUCUACUGCAUCCUUCACCACCGCUGGUUCAGUCUAUAGCUCCAACGAUGCGAAUCAAGGAGUUUUUGGCGAAUUUAUGUUGAACACACAGCCUUUGGAGACCCAGCACGAUGCUCAGCUCGUCGAAUCUGAAAUGAGUCCAACAGAUGACUUCAUAUCUCAAUUGCCCCUCGAUCUUCCCGUCGAAGGUCUUCCGAUGCCAGAGUUUGAAUGGACGCAUGACGCGCUGGAUCUAACAACACCGACAUUUGAUAGCUUUUCUGAUACGAGCACCGACCUCGCUCUAUUCCCAGUUCAUCAGAAUUUCUCGACAUUAUUCGUUCCUCCACCAAUAACAGAUCUCCCAACUCAACUCGUUGAAUACUGGUUUCGCGAUAUCUGCUCUUUGUGGUCGCAGUAUGACUCACCGACAAACUCGAAUCGCAUGCUAGCAACAACUUUAUGGUCAACUUCGGAAGCUGUAUCGACCAGUUUGCAGAGCAUGUCAUCAGCGUAUCUCUCAUCCAAGAUGCCGCAUAUGAAAAAGACUUCUAUCACCAUGAUGAAGAAUGCUACUGAUGUCAUCGAGGCGGAACUGCGCGUUGUCAAAGCAUCACCGAAUCUGGACACCGUGCCUAUGGGUCUAAUUUACGGGUUGUUCUGUAUAGGCACUAGCAUAUGUUGGCUGAACGCAACCCAAUUAGGCAUACCGUUUCUCAGAGAAGCAAAAGCUCUUCUUCACCGGAUAAACAAACAAAAACGGCGCCUGUCGGAGGAAGAGCGGAAGUUACUAAACAUCUUCAACAAAAGCUGGACGUACUGCGAGCUACUACUCUCCGUCGUCUCAGAUACGAAUCCAUAUAUAACAUACGAGGCUGAAGAAGUCGAGGAUAUCAGCGCCGACGAAUAUCCAACAGCUGUACCAACCGAACCAGUCGUCGACGACAUGCCGCAUCCUUGGACGGGUGUUUCGAAUACAGUAUCACGACUUCUGACGCAGACGUUGAGACUCUGUCGUAAUUACAGAUAUCACGUCAAACACCCUGGACCUUUUGCGACACGCGAUCACGCUACUGCGCUAAAUAUGAUUGAAGAAGCCAAAACGUUGGAAGAAAAGCUUCUAGGUUUGGACUUUGAGUCGGCGCCUGCGAAUACCGAGACGGGAGACCAGAAAACACCAUGUCGUCACCUAGUCAAUGUCGCUGAAGCGUAUCGCCUCGCUGGCCUUAUCCAUAUCUACCAAACUUUUCCAGAGCUGGUGCUUCUGAGGUUACCUGAUAAUCUCUCCGGUCCAGCAGAUGCUCACAUCCCAUGGGAAGAAUGCAUCACACCACUAAGUCUCCGUCUCACAAAACUCAUCGAACAACUCCCCGCAGACUCAGGUAGUAAGAUGACUCAACCCCUGCUCUGCAUCACCGCCAGCACCGGUCUACGCUUCGAACCCUCCAAUACAACCUCCAGCCCCGAAACACAAGGCCCUCUUGCGACACCGACACCUUUUGACCUCGGAAGCACUGAGCAUUGUGGGUUAUCAGAUUACAUCGGACAGCUCAUCCAAGCAGACGAAGAUAUUGAGCGACUGUCUACUUCUACUGCUACGGAGUCGCGGAUGAAGAUUGUUGAGGCGAGAUGUUUUAUAGUUCGGAGGCUUGAUGCGUUGGAGGCGCUGCUGCCGCCGAGACCGAUUGUUGUGGCGAAGACGUUGGUGCAGACGAUUUGGAAUGAGUAUGAUAAGGAGAAGACGGGUGCUGUGAGUGUGCAUUGGAUUGAUGUCAUGGAGGAGAAUAACUUGCGGUCGUUGUUUGGAUAG